AUAGAAUCAAGACCAAUUAUAAAUAUGGUUAGAUUAGUGUUAGUUCUCAAUAGUUAAAUGUCACUGGCACAAAUAAUAUAUGUAUCUUUUUUUGUUUGAAUUUCAAACCAUUCAUGUUAACAAAAACAAUGACAGAAAAACAGAUUUGGGUCACAGAGGAGCUAACCUGUAAGCCGCUAGACAACUAUGAAGACAUAUUAAUAUUUCUGCAAGAUCCACCAGCGUGGAGAACACUGUGCAAAGAGCUACAACCGCAUAGUGAGAAGGUUAUCAGAAACAUAAAUGUAAACAAAGACUUGGGUGAAAUAUUACUCGAAAGUCCACAAGUAUUCUGUCAUAUGGAACCGGAUGCGGAAAAUGUCAAACGCGAGGAUCGGAAAACUUUACCAAAAACAAUAGUUUGUCAUGACAUGGCAAAUGGAUAUCACGAUGACAGCAUGAUCGAUGGAACGGGAAACUAUGACGCUUAUAGUUUUUACAACUGGGGUGGUGUCGAUAUCUUUAUAUAUUUCAGCCACCACUUAAUUACCAUUCCUCCACUGAGUUGGAUUAAUGUAGCACACGCACACGGAGUAAAAGUUUUAGGGACAGUGAUAACGGAAUGGGGAGAAGGUGUCGCGUUUUGGGAGCGCAUCCUGCAAUCGGAGACGGAAUGGCAAAAUUUCGCAAGCGCUCUAGUCGCUAUAGCCAAAACACUCAAAUUUGAUGGCUGGCUACUAAACGUAGAAAACAAGAUUUCACGCCCGGAGUCAUUGGUGCAGUUCGUGAGGUACCUCCGUGAAAUGCUGCAUGCUGAACUAACCGACCCCGAGUUGGUUUGGUACGACAGUGUUACUGGUGAAGGCCAUCUCAACUGGCAGAACGGACUCAACGAGAAAAACAAAAUGUUUUUCGACGCCGCUGAUGGGUUUUUUACGAACUAUUCUUGGCGAGAGGAAGACGUCGUCAGUAGUGUAAAGGAGGCCGGCUCACGCUUGACCGAUCUUUACGUUGGCAUAGAUGUUUGGGGGCGAAACUUCUACGGCGGCGGACAAUUUAACACACAACAGGCUGUCCGACUUGUUCACGAUUACGGUUGUUCCUUGGCCAUUUUUGCGCCGGCUUGGACUCACGAGGCCAUGUCUGAGGAGCUAGGAGACUCUAACGCCGUGGCGCAAGCGGAAGACUUGAAUAACUAUGACCGCUUUCUGCUAAGGGAGCGAGCAUUCUGGGGGAGCAUUUGGCCCUUUUUAAACACUAAACUCCCGUCCUCUCUACCUUUUCAGACUUCUUUUUGUAGAGGGCAGGGAAAAAAGCGGAGAAUUUAUGGAGAGGUGAUUUGUCCUGUCUCUUGGUACAACUUACGGCAUCAACAAUAUCAACCGAAUAGCUCCCACGGCCCCCACGGGUAUUUGCUUUCAACACUGGAUAACAUCGUCGGCCUCUCGAGACUAGGCUUGCUUAAGGACAAAGAUGGGAUACUUCACUACCGAAAAACUAUCGAAGAUAGCAGACUGAACACUGAGUAUCCAUGUACCAGCAAAGAAAUGGUGUUUUCAAUGAAUCCUGAAAGUAUUGGUAAUAUGCACGAAGACAGAGUUCAAGAGGCGAUAGAGGAACCAGCACAAAGUGAAAGAAAAUCCGUCAAACGAAAAAUGACAAGGGCUUUGCGGCAUUUUUUCAAAAUAAAAUCAGCAAAAUCUGACGAAGACACUAAAUCCAAAGAAGACGUGAACUCAAGUCUGAAUACAGUGAGUGAGAUGGACACAAGAGAAAGGGGUCCUUCCAUGGUGCAGAUGUCAAUUAGUCUGCGGUUGGGAAACAAGAAUAUGAAAACCAGGUAUGCACUGGGGCAUGUACCCGAUGAGCUAGAAUGCCUGGAACCGUUCUUCGAGGACAGCUUCACAGGUGGUUCUUGCCUCAAAGUGAACCCUUCGGAUAAAGUGUUGCAGGAGCACAGACUGUCCAGAAUUUUCUUCAGCGACUUUGUCAUCGAGAAUAGGUUUAUUGCGUGUGUCGUAACAAAGACCUUAGCUGGCCAGGAGGAACAAUUUUUGAAUGUGUUACUAUGGGUGGAAAGCGACGGCAGAGAGAGUACGGUUGUUCUCGUGGGACGCCGAAUCCCGCACGCUCAGGGCACGGCGUCCAGCGGGAGCCCCCUUCAGCACGUGUAUCCAGCGGAGGGGGGCGAUCUGCGGCGUCUGCAGACCCACUUGCUGCUUUACGAGCCCGGUUUUUACAUGCCCAUCGAGAACUCUUACCGCUGGAACGUUCGAUACUACGAGGUGGAAGUUGGAUCGGCAAGAGUGCAGGCGGUGGGGUGCCGCACGGGGCUGCCCAUGGGGCCCAUACUGCUGGGACACUUCGGUCUCUGCCGCAUCAACACCGAGCACUCUAAUGCGACGCAAGUGACUCAAUGACACUUGUUUAUGUAGUAAUUAGGUAAAAAUAAAGUGUUUUUGGUUAA